AUGAUUAACAAUAAACUGAUCGCAAAAAGCCCAAGAUAGGAACCACAGUAAUAAUUAUAUUGUUACAAUUAGAAUUAUUCCUCAAAUAAAAGCUGGAAGCCUUCGAAGAAUACUUUUUUCAUUGUUUUAUUUGACAGUUACGAUGACUAAGCAUUAAUUUAUUUAGGGGUCCUGA